GUUUACUUUGAUCCCCUAGAUGGUCCCCAAGCAAAAUAAGGAUAUCUGAUGGUUUAUAAGUCCUGGCUGUGUUCUCAGUACUUCCAGACCACCCAGAUACACUGCACCAAUCGAAUCCCCUGUGGCCAGUACUGCCUGGAGGUUCAACAGCGCUGCCCCUUUGUCCUCCCUGACAAUGAUGAUCUCAUUCAUGGAGGCAGCCCAAGUUUUGUAUGUACAGGAUUGCUGGAGGACUACCCAUCAGGUGUUGACCCAAAUGCAGAGUGUUGCGACGUACGGUGGGAUACAAAAGUGGACAACCGUUCCAGAGGGACCCUCAAAAGAACUCAUCCGCCAUGCCAGCAUCGUACCUCCCUUAGCUCUUCAGCAGCCUGCAGACUGUGUAACAGCCGGCUUAAACUCUGCCUGCUGGUCCUUGUCCUCCUACACACUGUUGCCAGCCUCACUGCAUCACACAAUGCAACAGGAAUGGGUCUCCCCACCUUCACGCCUCUGGAGGAGAGUCCCGCCAAUGAGGAGUGAUGAAGCAGCCGAGUGGAUGUGAGGUUGGAAAGGUGGGGAGGAAUUUCCUCACCAUGGCAACCAGCUUGAAAAAUACAGUGAUGGUGGGUGCGUACGGCUGGAGCUGUGUGCCUGUAGACAUACUGCAACACUUUAUGACAAACAAAAACAUAUGGGAAUGCUUUGAAAUGAGUUACGCUUCAAUCAAUCAAAACAAAGAAGUGAUGUAAUAAACAGACUCCCAUACACUAAGGGAUUCAAGUGAUCCCUUAGAUAGGAAAAGGGACAAUGCCACAACCUUUGUUCCUUGUGGCUGAGUUUCUCUAACAAAGCUUUUUUACACUGCGUUCUGAUUAUUGGUUUCUGUUGCUAUGGCUGACUAUAGAAUAACACAAUCAUCUUAUUUUCUUUAUUUCUCCUUUACUGGUUCCCUCAUUCAGGGACAAAUAUGUUCCUCUAAGACAGAAAAUGGGAUAAAUACUUAGCAGCAGGUUUGUGUGUGUUUGUGUGUGUGUGACAGAGAGAUGGAAUGUGUGCAUGUUGCUAUGCCAAAAAGCUUAUUUAAAAUGCUGAUUUCAUGGAGAGCCCUGCAGAAUUUCUCUGCACCACUGUGGGAGGUGGAGCAUAUUUCUGUUUGAAGAUCAUUGGGUUUGAUGGGGUUCUGAGUUCCAUUUAAAACGAUUUGACAGCAGCUCAUAGGUAUUUUUAAUUUGAUUUGAGAGAUAAUCAAAAAAUAACAGAAUAGUAUCGAAAUACAUUUCGUGAUUUAAUUAAAGUAAAUACUUGGGCUCAGGAAAUUUUUUAAUAUUUUCUACAUUUUUUUCCUUAACCAACCAUUUUUUUUCCUAUUGCGAUUUAAUAAAAUGCAACAGAAUCAAGUUUGAUUGGGAAAACCUUACUUAGACUAUGCUAUAAUUCUUUUUUCUAAACCUAAAUUUGAGAAAGAAUAAUUUGAUUUUACUAGUAGUGAAAUCCCAAAACCUUACUAUGUGAUUAUUCCGUAAAAAAAAAGCUUUACAACAAAAAAAAAAUUCAUACAAUUGUAUUUUUUAUUUUCAACAUGUAGUAAAGGUGGAAAACAACACUUUGUUAAAAAGAAAAUAGAUAAACAAAAAAACCACCCAGUCCUCUAAACACUGGAGAUCCAGCAACAACUAAUUAAAGUAAGAUCCGGCUUUGUUAGUCAUUCAAUCAAUCCUAAAACCCAGAACCAGUGUGGGUACGUCUGGAUGAUUAAAUACAACCUUUUUUGUCAUUUUAGCCCAGGAACAAGUUUUCUACUGAUAUAUGCAUGUCCAGUAAACCGGGAGUUAGAAGCACUAUGUGUUAUGGAGAUAAUUUCUUCCAUUUUUAUUUGGUGUGGGUGGGGAUGUUAACAUUUGUGCUUUAAAUAGCCUGGCACACAAAAUACAGGAAAUUAACACAUUUCAGAUUUGAACCCCUAUAUCUUAUUUAAAGACAAAAAUGACCCAAUAUAAUCUUCACCAUAUUACAGAUGACUCAAACUGUAACUUCUAUUAAUAUUGGCUGAAUUCUGCUUUCUGUCAUGCUCUGUAGCCUUUUUAAUCUCGCAUACAAAUAGACAAUUUUAGUUUAUCUCAGUGCAAUUGCAUGCAGAGGCUCUUCAAGGUGAUGCUACCUUACUCUCAGAACCACAUUUAAUCCCAAAACAUAACCUGUAGCAUUCAAUAUGUUUGCAUUUCAUUACUUAAAGCAUUACAAAUUCCAUUAUGUAAAGGGCUUAUUACUACUUAACAUAACAAACAUUUUCAUCCAUAGUGAGAACAGUUUCAAGACAGUUUUUUCUUUUCUUACAGAGAAAUUCAUUGAACUUAAAAGCAAAGGGCCUUUUUUUGUUACUGUAAUUGGAAAUGAAGCGCAGAAACAAACAGAAAAAUUAGCAUGUCACUGUUUGUGCACUCAAAGUCAACUGAGUUUACUUAUAUAUUAAUCAAGGGUUUUGUGAUAUAAGAAAGACAUGAUAUGACUUUAAGGGCUGACUUGUUUCCCUAGUUUUGUUUAUUUUAUUUUUUACUUUGAUUUGGAUGGUUGCAAGGUAUCAGGUAUUUGCUAAAAGCAAGGAUAUGUGGUCGAAUACAUUUUUACAUUCUAGUGUGUUAAUUAUCAACAUGAGAUGUUCCAUACAGAAUCUGAUGUCGUCAGUUUAUAGAACAGUUAUAUGGAGCUUUUAAUUCCACCUAUCGUGGUGUAUUUAUUGACUAAAUCAACUUUGCAUUUGCUGCUCAGACCUUGUGCCAUAAAACUCAUCACUAUACUUGUUUGCACAGAAAGCUCCUCAUGUAUCCAUUCUGGUUUAAGUUGUCUACAUUCAGUGUCAAAAAGGCUGCUAUACCGGAGUCCACCACUUGAUGGAGAGAUAUUCAUUCUUUCAUGUUAUCGCUGCUGCUGGAGGUCCAUACUUGAGCAUUAGAACUGUUAGAUACAGCAAUCAAAUAUAGUUUAGUUCUGAGAGAAAAUUAUUUUCUAUUACCCAUCAGUGUGUGGGCAGAAGGGUGCUUCUGGUGUUGCUGUGUGUGUACUUCCAAAUACUUCUUUUAUAUUAAUAUUUUUUUUUACUUUUACAUUUAUACAUUAUGAUUUUUUCAUUCUGAGCUGAUUACAAAACAUCAUGGCAUGGGCAUACGGGAUGGUUACACUUACAGGUGCUGUCUUCAGACUCCAGAGAUCUACAGUAUUACUCUGUAUUGCACCGCAGCCCUACACCUGCAUUAGGUGAUCCUAUUUGACAUUAUUGUUUAUUGUAUUGUUACACAGAACACAAAAAUAUUCUUCCUUCACUUUCCUCUGCCAAGUCUGAAAAAAAAUAGCAAAUCUUUCCGAAAUUAACUUGAAAUGUAACAUCUAAAUGUUAAGUUGAAAAGUGGAUUUAAAACAACAUUAACAUAUCCGUACAUCCAGAUUGGUAACAUAGUGGGUGGAAAAAAUGGCUCAACCUGAACACCACUCAUUCAAAAACCUCCAUGUUUGCAAAUGAGUUUACUUUGAAAUUUAAUGAGCAUGCUUUUAUUUCAACAAAGUUCAAAACAUUGACAUAGAAGACAUGUUUUCAUUGUGCAUCUUCACUACGGUUGCAUGGGGAUGAAUGUUGUGUACCAGUUGCCAUUUAACCCAACUCAUUCAGACAUUUACAGGAAGGAUUCACAUGUUUACAUGAAUUAAUUAGAUCAAUAUUUGGUCAUGUUUGCAGUGCAUACAACAAUUAUACCUUAAUCUUAAUGCUUAAUUAUGUCAAAAUAGUUCGGCAUUACACAGUGUAGAAAACAUUGUAGGCUCAUAUUGAAUCAGUCUUCAUUCCUUGAAAUGGUCUGUAGCAGCUGUAGGUUAGACUCAGUCAACUUUUGUAACAUGUUAAUAUUUGUGCUUUCUUCCUGCACAAAUUGGCCAUUAAUGCCUGUUGCUCUCAUUUAAUCAUUAGUUUUCUCUGUCUGUUCAAAAGUUAUUUUCUCUACCCCUGGAUCUAUGCAGAAGCUCAUUUUUUGUUGUUGUUGUAAAUAUGUUCCUUGGUAUGCUGAUCAAUGUAUGUUUCUCCUUUUCUUAUUUAAUGUCACACUGUUUCUUCCCUCUUUUAUGUCUUUUAUUUGAUUUGAAUGUCUGAAAUCACUGAUGUCUCAAGACAGUGUGGCACAGUUAGACCAACAGAUUUUGCCCUUAGCAUCACAGCCUUUUUGUAAAAGGCUGCAGAUGUAUGUGUGUAUGUGAAUGCAAAAGGUUUAUUAUACUACAAAUGAAAAAGGUUUAAAGGAAUAUAGAAGUACCAUUACGAUUACUAUUAUUAUUACUAUUAUACUACUAGUAUAUUGUAAUAUUAUAGAUGCUUUAGUUCAAGUAACUUAUUUAAUUUUUUUACAAAGAACUUUGAGAUGAAAUGAUUUAUAAAAGAGUAUCACAGGUAAUGUUUUUUGAAGAGUAUGAAAACUACAGCUACAAUUAUUGAAAAAUGUGUUCAAAUAAAAAUAAA